CAAGCUCAUAAUAUUGGAGAAUUUACUGGAAAAUGCACGAAUAAUAACCGUAUAAUUCUGCUUCGCUUCAUUUUCGAAUAUAUUUCAUUAGUAUGUUGUGGUUUCGUCGACUAGCACGAGCUCGUUUCUUAGCGCUCAGUUCAUUCAUGUGAUGUGAGCUGUUGUUGAAUAGCAUUUGUUAGUCACAUAAUUGAAAUGGUGUGCUUAUAUGAACGGAAACUUACGUCUGUGUUUGUGUAACGAGAAUUUCUGGCUACAUAACAUCACAAUGGCAGAGUUAUUUAUGUUUAUCUAUUCCGGUGCAACACCUAGGAAGCUACCCUACCUAGACAGCAUUCAUAGUUAUUAUGCAUAAUUACGUCUGUAUCUGUCGUCUAUACUAUAAAACCGUUAUCGUUAUGUCUGUUUUCUAAAUGCAGGUGAAGAUGAGGAAAAACAAAGGAAAAACCAAUACAAUAGAAAAGGAGUUUAUGUUUGAGUUUAAGGCAGGAACACAGCACUGUGUUCUCAAAGUACCACUUCAGUUCCCUCUCAAAGAAAAUGUCAAUGAUCUUCAUGGGCGGAUUAUGCUGCUUCAUAAAAUCCCCUGUUUUGUAGAAAAUGACUUGAAAAACAGUCUGGUUAGUUUCAUAGAGAGGGAAACGUUAGUGGAUUAUGACCGGGAGGCAGAAGCAGCCCUGCAGAGACUCACUAACGGAGAGGUCGACAUAAACAAACUUACAAAUUCGUGGGCCAAGGCCUAUUCUGAGACUACACUGGAACACGCCCGUCCUGAAGAAGCCAGCUGGGACGAGGAUUUUGCAAGUGUUUAUCAUGAACUGAUCCACUCCCCGGCCUCAGAGACUCUUCUCAACCUGGAGCACAGUUACUUUGUCAGUGUUUCUGAGCUCAUCAGCGAGAGAGACAUGGAGCUCAAGAAACUUCAGGAGAGACAGGCUGUUGAGAUGAACAAAGUCAUGCAGGAGCUGGGAAAGACCUUGUGUGACCAGGAUGUGAAUACCGUGGCUGCCCAACACUUUGAUGCACAGCAAGUGCUGGAAAACAAGUGGGCCAGUGAACUGAAGCAAGUCACAGGUAUCCAGAAACAAGAGUAUCAGGAAUGGGUGAUGAAGCUCCACCGGGACCUACAGAACCCCAACAACAGUACAAUAAAUGAGGAGAUCAAGGUGCAGCCCGGUCAGCUGGGGGAGGCAGGGGAAGCGGGGGCCCGGCUCUUCGAGGAGCAGCGACAGCUGGAGGAGAGCUUCACCAUCCACUUAGGGGCUCAGCUGAAGACCAUGCACAAUCUACGUCUGGUGCGAUCUGAUGUUCUGGACUUUUGUAAGCACCGUCGUCACAGCAGCAGCGGGGUGAAGUUACGGCGACUGCAGACCGCUCUCUCGCUGUACUCCACAUCGCUUUGCGGCCUUGUGCUGCUGGUCGACAACAGAGUCAACUCGUACAGCGGCAUCAAGAGAGACUUUGCAACAGUGUCUCAGGAGUGCACAGACUUCCACUUCCCCAGAGUGGACGAGCAGCUGGACAUCAUCCAGCAGGUGGUGCUGUACGCUCGAGCUCAGCGCAGCAGCAAGCAGAGAGAGCAGCCCGAGAUGCCAAGAAAUGGAGGAAAUGAAGACAAAAAUAAGAUCAUGGACAGAAAUUCCUCCAAUAUCCUCCCAGGUGAAUUCUACAUCACACGCCAUUCAAACCUGUCUGAGGUUCAUAUUGUGUUUCACCUCUGUGUGGAUGAUAAUGUGCGUUCGGGAAACAUCACAGCCCGGGACCCAGCCAUCAUGGGCCUGAGGAACAUCCUGAAGGUCUGCUGCACGCAUGACAUCACCACCAUCACCAUCCCACUACUGCUGGUGCAUGACAUGUCGGAGGAGAUGACCAUUCCCUGGUGUCUGAAGCGGGCUGAGCUGGUCUUCAAGUGUGUGAAAGGUUUUAUGAUGGAAAUGGCCUCCUGGGAUGGAGGAAUCUCACGGACUGUCCAGUUCCUUGUUCCACAGAGUAUCUCAGAGGAGAUGUUCUACCAGCUGAGCAACAUGCUGCCUCAGAUCUUCAGAGUCUCCUCGACGCUCACGCUAACGUCAAAACGCUAAACAAGCCACACACAGACACAUCAGCCCUUGUAGCUGGCAAUACGGAGGAUAUCUUCUCACUUUAGGUUCUUAAUUUUCAGAGAAGUACAAACCGUAAGCUGUUUUGAUAUGCACUGUCAUGCGAUCCUGUCACAAGUGGCUUAGCGCUAUGUCCUGAUUAUUUCAGUCAUGAAUUUUCACUGGAAUUUACAGAUUCGUACAUGCAUUCCACAUCAAAAAACGCAUUAAAUAUGAGGGAAGUGUUCAGAGUUGUCAUACUGUGAGUGCUGUUUACUUAACGCUGCGUGGGAAACAGGUAAUGCCAAGACAAGCUGUGUGUUUGUGCUGCAUUGCAGUCGACCACCUUUGGCCCCUGUGUCAUCGUUCCUCUCCACAAACACCAGAUGGCGCUGUAUUCGGUAGCUUUCACAUGUAGUGUAAGGUAACCAAAGCUGCUGAUUCAAAUGUCAAAUGAAACCAACCUUCCAAGCAUUCUAAGUGAUUUACCAUGUGUUUGUAUAUUAGGUGCCAGUUGUAAACCCUGGCAUGUGUACAGUUAUAUUUGAACUGUUUAAUCUUUGGAAAGUGGGGAAUUUAAAAACAGCGUCAACUUUUUUUUUUUAUUAUUGUAAAUCUAACCUUUAAUAGGCUUAUUGGUCAGGCUAGUGGGAAAAUGAUGUCCAAUUUUGUAUUAUAUAUAUAUUUUAAAGCCUUUACAAAGAAAAUCUGUAUAUUAACUACUGUCUGUUAAUUGUUUUGUUGGAUUCCUCCUAAUGAGGAUAUUAGCAUACAAAGUAGCAAAGUACGGCUAAUCUGAGAGUUAAAGCAUUUGCAUCUAUAUUAGCCUUUUGUCAGAUACUACUGACAUGCUAAUUACAUGUUCAUUGUGAAAUGUCAAAGUUUUGUAAAUACAGUACACUCUAUUUGAUAAUGAAAUGAGUUUAGUUCACUAUGUAUAUACAUAGUGUUGUGGAGUAACUAGUUACAUGUAACGGAAUUACGUUAUUUAAUUACAAAAUAAAUGUAACUGUAAUCUGUAACAAUUGCUAAGAAAAAAUGUGUAAAUUACAGUUACUUCUGAAAAUGUUAACUAUUACAAAGGGGGCUACAUUUGAUAUUUUGUACACGCAUAAAGAUAUGAUUGAUUUCUUUCCCAAAUUGCAUUGACUGCUUUAAAAUAUUAGACACCAAUGUUUCAGGAGUUCAGGACACAUGCUUAUUCCAUAACUGUUUUAUUUCGUAUUUGGGUAAAUGUAUAUGCUUUAUUUUUGAAGAUUAACUGUUUUUCCAAGGCAUUGUUAAAUGCCAGUGUUUCCUGUCGUAGCUAUGCAAAGAUUUGAUUUCAAAACCUCAGAAUGACCUCAAAGUAAAAAAAAGAGGUGCUUAAGUCUGAUUUUGUGAUGGCAGUGCUUUAAAUUAAAUUAUUACAAUCUUAAUUCAA